AUGUAUUGGACAAUUGUAGUUUUACAGUUUUGUGCAGUUAUUUUGGCAGAUUAUUGUGGUGAAAAUAAGGUACCGUUUGGUUUAGAGGUACAUCGAAACGGUCAACCGUCAUUACUGUGCGCUCGACCAAAUUGUGAAGAACGAAAGUUCACAGAUUGUGAAGAUCGCGCUAUAAGUUCGUCAUGUCCCGAGAACAACACAUUGGUUGGUGGCUUCGACAAAAGUUAUGGCAGACAUCAGCCUUUGUAUUUACUGUGUUGCGUUUUCGAUGAUCUUCGAUAUUCGACACCGCUUUAUAAUGCCGUUCUGGUUCGACCAGGUGAAUAUUUUGAAGGCGAAGAGCAGGUUGACGAACAAACCGAUGUUGUGCAGUCAUUUGAAGUUAUCACCAAUAUGAGAAUGGUCCAAGACGUCAAUAAAACGUAA